CGCGCCAUUUUUCUUGUAUCAAUCAUCUCCUGCAUUUUUGCGCAGAAAUUUGUUAAUUUCCUAAAUUUUUCGAAAUGUUUAAACAAUUUUAAAGAAUGCACAAUAGAAAAAAGAAUUAUCUGAGUGGUUAAGUGCUUGCGCGAGGGUGUGCAUUUUGAUAUAGUGCUUGUGUUGGCAUUUGUAUGUGUGCGUGUGCGUGUGCAAGUUAUAAGAAAAAAAGGCCAAAUCCAAGACACUACUACACUGACACACAUACAGAGCUUAAACUAUGUACGAAUGUAAAAAACGAAGAGACAACAAUGACUGAUGUAAAUUGUCUUACAAGUGAGCAAACAACAACAACAACAACACCCACUACUACUACAAACGCUGAAGAGGCAGCCAAUUUUACCACACCCACCAAAAAUGUACUGGAACAGCCGCCCACAUCACCUUUCAUAUUGAGAGCACCGCCCAGCGCCAAGUCCAAAUUAAUUUUGCAAAACAUGGAGGAAGUUUUGAAUACAGUGAAGCAAAAGCAUCGUGAGAAACACAAGCGAAAGCGCGAAGAGAAACGACGCGCAGCAAUGCUAGCCGAUCAAACAACAACAACAAUUGAAGCCACAACUACAACAACAACAACGCCGAAUGGCCGCCACGUGCUGCGAGAGAAAACGGCGCGGGAGAACGGUUUGGGUCAAGCGAAACGCAAAUCGAGUGCGAGCCCGCUCAAGAGCAGCACGCCACAAUCAACGAUCAUGAAGCACUUUGCCAAGGCUGAUCCAGCUGGCAAAGCCCCAGCCAAAGCCACAAAUGUAUUCGAGCUAAUGAUGAAUGCGCGCAAUCGCUCCAUGGGCGGCAAUGCCAAUGGCCAGGAGUUGGCAGAACCUGUGGAGCCAACAGUCACACCUCAAACCAAACGCAAGCAACUGCUGCAGGAGUGGAAUGAACGUAAGGGCGGGGCCAAGCGUCGCCUGGCAGACGAGGCACGUGGCGAGUACAUUGAGCAGAAAAUGGAGCAGCGCGCCAAGCGCUUAAAGAAAAUGUUGACCCAGCCAGCCGAGCGGAGCGAAGGCAAAUCGUCCAACAGAAGUCAGGAGCUGCCGAAGGGUCGAAAGCAAACGGGCAGCAGGCAAGAGGCAAAGGAGGCCAUCAGUAGCCAGGAGGUGCUGAGCGUGGGCAAGCAAACGCCUAGCAGCCAGCAGGCGCAAACAGCUUCAGCUCCAACCAAAAGACUGCGCGGACGUCCACGCACGCGACGGCUCAGCGCAGAUGUGGAGACGGCUUUGCCCAUUAGCCCUGAUCCCGAAACACUACAGUUUCUAUCGAAGCUGUCGUCGCCCACCAAAAAGCGCGAUAGCCUGCUGGGCUACUUUAGCAAAGUGGAAUCGCCACAGAAUGCGGUAGAAAAAGAAAAGGCAGAAGUUCUGCUGAUAGAGGAGACAAUAGAGACGCCCAGGCGCCGGCCACGCGCCAGCAAAACUAGCUCUAUUAACGCAGUCAAUGUUGAAGAGAGCUCAGCGACAACGACCCCUUCCGGUCGGCCGAGGCGCUCGUGUGCAGCCAAGGCGCGCUAUGACUACGACCUGGAGGCGAGUCCCACGAAAGCCAAGCAACCGCCAGCAGUGGAAGAACAGGAUUCAGUGGAAAUCAUAGAUCUGGACAGCAGCAAUCCAGCUGUAACGCCUAAAAAAUUGGCGCCGCUCUUCAUGCGACAGCUGCCCAAGCCAAGUCCAGAUCCCACAGCAUUGCGGGCUCGUCAAGAGUUCUUGCAUUCCGGCGUACCAGAGAAACUGAGGCAGGAGCAGCAGCGUCAGCGUUCCUACGAGCAGUACUACGAAGAUAGCUACGAGCUGUUCCCAAGCAUAGCCCAUGUGGGCAGCGAGAGGCUGGACAAGGGGACAAGCAAGCAGCUGCCUUGGCGUGCGGAAGAACAGCUCCAAAAGCCAGCGACAGUGCGCAAAACCUGCCCUGGUAGCAUAACCAGCUGCACUGCCUCCGACUUUGUGGCUAACAAAAAGAGAGUCAGCUGCAAUUGGACGCCCUUGCCGCAGCUGGAUAAUAAGCGGGCCAUGGUCAAGAACUGGAAGAGCAUCUUCGAACGCUUCCCCACCUUCAAGUGCUACAAUCAGAUGCGUGAGAAGUAUAGACACUUCAGUGCUAUAGACGCGGCGCAGGAUACGCAGCCAAUGGGUGAAUCGUUUGUGGUUACCCGACGCACGCGGCGCUCCAUCGAACAGCAGAAGGAGUCGGACAAGGAAGAGGACUUCCAGCCGCCAGCCCUGGCGCCCAAUGGCGAGCUGCUCUUCACUGAGAAGUACAAGCCGCUGCUGUUCGAGCAGGUCCUUGUAAACCUGACGCCUGUGCAGGAGCUGCGUGAUUUCCUGGCCAAUUGGAAUGGCGCCAGUGCCAGCAAUCGGAACUCACAGCCGUUCGAAGAUAGCUCCAACGACCACGAUUCCAGCUCGAUGAGCGCCAGCUGCAAUACGAUGGUCUUGCUCGGGCCCUGUUCCAGUGGCAAAACGAACGCGGUUUUCGCUUUGGCCAACGAUAUGAACUUCAACGUGCUGGAAAUAAAUGCGGGCAUGCGGCGGACGGGCAAGAAGCUCAUACAGGAGCUGCAGGAGGCAACGCAAUCGCAUCAGAUACGCAAGGAGGCCAAAGCUGGCGCCGCGCCCACCCAGCAGCUGCUCCAAAAGCUGCAGCUGAAUGGCCUGAAAGCCAGGCGCAAUCAGGGCGACGAGGAUGUGCGCAAGUCUCUGAUACUCAUCGAGGAUGCGGACAUUGUUUUUGACAACAUCGAUGCUGGCUUCACGGAUGCCAUUUACACACUCGCUGCCAGCUCGAAGCGUCCGGUCAUCAUCGUUGCCACCGAUCCGAAUUGCGCGCAUUUGCAGCGCCUGAUGCAGCAGAACAUGAUCAAGUUUCAGGCGCCAAAUGCUCUGAAUAUUUCACGCUUUCUCGCCGUGCUGGCGCUGAUGGAGAAUUGCCCGAUCGAGCUGGACGAGCUGAUAUCCCUAUAUUUAUUCAACAAUCAGAAUCUGCGCAAGACUCUGAUGGAGCUGCAGUUCUUUAUACAAAGCGGCGGCGAUGCCCGGCGAGAGCAAGCGGCAGCUGCGGGCGCUGCUGCUUCCAGCUCGCCCAGCAAAUCGCCACGUUUGUCCACGCUGCCCGGCGUCCAGAUACAUCAGCGCCUGUUCGAGUUUUAUACCUGCGCACAGAAUGUGGAGCACUUGAUACCCUUUCCCGUUGACUUUCGCUUGCUUCGCCUCAAUCUCAACGAACUGCUGCGGCAUUCCACGCAGCUGCAGUCGCCCUCGACACCCGUGUCCCGGCGUGUGGGCAAGCGCAAGUCGUGCUCGCCGAAGAAGGCGUGGCUCAACAAGAGUGAGGCCCAGGAGCCACUGCAGACGUUGGCUACGUUCUAUGAGCAGCUGUCAACGGCUACGCUGCUGGAUGCGACGCUCGAGGAGCGGAAUGACCGACUACAGCCGCACCUCUCCGAGCAACUGGCGCACGAGCUAGUGGAACGAGCUGUUGGCACCUCUCUGGCAGCCAAAAACUAUGCCUACAACUUGUUCGAUAAGCCAGAGCAGCGCUUCAACCUUUCGGAUCAGCUGGGCAGCUUCCAACUACGCUCCAGCUGCGCCCGCUCCCUGGACUAUGAGCCCGCAAUGCGUGCGAUUUGUCGCAGCGAAAAGCAACGCGCCAGCUUGGAGCGACGCUCGAGUCGCUUCUAUCAUUAUUUACGCAAUCACACCAAUCACAAUCUGUCCAGCUUCUCGCUGGAGCUGUACGAUGCUGCCUGCCAGGUGCUGCAGGAGCAGCCACCUUUAGUCGAAUAAUUAGUGCAAGGAACGGAUAG